AUGAACUGCCUCGGAGCGGAGGACACCAGGGGCCUCUGCGAGGCCCACCCCCGCGAGGCGGUGGUGGGCGUCUGCGCCCUCUGCUUGAGGGAACGCCUCCUCCUCCUCCGGGCCUCUCGGCAGCGCCGCCUCCAAUCGCCGGUGGCGGCGGCACCCUCCGCCGCCUUCCUCCAUCCUCCGUCCACCAGGCCCCUCUUCGCUGGCCCAAAGCUCUUCUCUCUUGGCCCUCUCUGUCGCAACCCCGGCGAUGUCUCCGAUGGCAACUCCCUCGUUUGCCUCGAUGGUAACAUAAUUCAAGAUCCUCUCUCUCUCUCUCUCUAGACCUCCCUCCUCGAUCUCGCAGUGGGUCACCAGCUGGUAUUCACAGAGGCUAGAUGUCACUCAGAGAGCCUACCCGAGCUCAGACGUCUGAUAUUCUUGCUCUCUCUCUCUCUCUCUCUCUCUCUAGAUUCUUAUAUAUAUAUAUCCGUCUCAUCUCUAUAUCUGAUGUUUCUUGGCUGAGCAGACUCGUUCAUAUCGAUCAAAUUCGAGAAAGACGGGCGCGCGACGUGGGCGGCGGACCCCAAGCCCGUCUCGGCGGCGGCAGCGGAGGAGCACGCCAGGCCGCGGGACGCCCUCAGGCGUAUAGGGCGGCUGCUCCAGUUCUCGCGGUGGCGACAGGCGAGCAAGGCCACGUGCCCGGGGCCGCCGCCGCCGCCGAGGGCCGUCAAAUUGGCGGAGGGUAGCGGCGGCGCUGCAGACGACCUCCAGCGAGCCCAUCAGCUUUCCAGGGCCGCAUUCUUCUAG